AUGCCGCCAAAUCAGAGACCCCGGCCAGACCCCCUUCCGGCAGUCCCUGUGCCAGUGGAGACUCCCGAAGAACAGCCAUCGCCUGAGCACACCAUCGCACCCUCUGUGGAACAGGCCAUCUUGGCUAUUAGCUCUGCGCCCCCUCCUCCUGAGGAUCUAGCCCAGCUUCAGCAGCAAAAUACGCCCCAAGUGGAGCGAUGCAAGAACUGCGGUGUCCGCUGGAAGCGGCCCUUACCCGGAGAGAACCAGUUCCGUCUGAGUUCACCAGCACAGAAUAUACACGAACAGACAAGGCUGACCCAGGACUACAUCAAACGACUGGAGAACCACACCAAGUAUGCUGAUGAAGCCUACGCACAUUGGGUACGCCAGCAUCAAAUGUGUCCAGCAGCCGUAACCAGCCCGCCCGACACGGAAGCCCCGCCCAAGUCACGAAGCAGAAGCAUAGAAGACCCUUCGCCACCUAAUGCUCCAGCCUAUCCCGUUUCCGCCAAGCGAAAGUCCGAGAUACCCCACGAGGCCUCCAAGUAUCGGAAAGUGGUCACAUUCGACCCUAAUUCCAACUCGACGCCACCUGUCCGCCCGACCGCUCCAGCAUAG